AUGCCUAUCAACCAACCAUCCGGACAGAUCAAAUUAACUAAUGUUUCAUUAGUGAAAUUGAAAAAAGCCCGUAAGAGAUUCGAAGUUGCAUGCUACCAAAAUAAAGUCCAAGACUAUCGUAAAGGAAUUGAGAAAGAUCUAGAUGAAGUGCUUCAAAUACACCAAGUUUUUAUGAACGUUUCCAAGGGUUUGGUUGCCAACAAGGAAGACCUACAAAAAUGUUUUGGGACUACGAACGUUGAUGAUGUUAUCAAAGAAAUUAUGCAUAAGGGAGAGAUUCAACUAUCAGAGAAGGAAAGACAAUUAAUGCUCAAUAAAGUGAACAAUGAGUUGCUAACAAUAAUCAGUGCCAAAUGUAUUAAUCCUUUAUCAAAGAAGAGAUAUCCGCCCACAAUGAUUCAUAAAGCCUUACAAGAACUGAAAUUCAGCCCUGUAAUCAACAAGCCUGCCAAAUUGCAAGCUUUAGAAGCUAUUAAAUUAUUAGUCUCUAAACAGAUAAUCCCGAUCGUAAGAGCCAAGAUGAAGGUCAAAGUGGCCAUAGGCGAGCCGUCGAAGCAACCUGAACUUAUCCAGAAAAUCAAUAAAUUGAUUACUACAUCACCACAAGAGCCAACAGAUCCGGAAUCGAAUCCAUGGACGUGUAUAGGUCUUAUUGAUCCUGUCAAUUAUAGAGACUUAAUGACCCUGUGUGAUAAAAAGGGAGCUGUACAAGUCUUGGAUAUGGCAGUCAUAGAUAAUACAACGCAUAACUAA